AUGGGCGCAUCAACCGCAACUUCAAGCACAUGGUGGCGAACAGCGGCGCUUCAAUCUAACCUCCAUGUGCCGCCCCCCCCCUCCCCCUCUUCCGUGCCUCCCACCCACAGUGAUGUGAGCGGCAACAGCCUGUAUGGACGCAUCAACCGCGAUUUCAAGGGCAUGGUGGCGAACAGCGGCGCCCUCGUCAACCUGGCUCGCAACUUCUUCUUUGGGGAAGCCGUGCUCUUUGCUGCUGGCUGCAAGGUCUGCCCCACCGAGGUCAGCGAGCCCAACAGCCUCGGCCUCAAAGCCACCUCCAACUGGCGAGUCUCUGACGGCAAUUGCAACAAUGCACUACCCUCUUACCUACUACAAGACUACGCCGUGACAGGGGCCGGGCUGAAGCUGAGGGUGAGUCUGUCGGGCAACUGCCUGACGCUCAGCCCAAGCACGGAGUGCUCGGUCAACGCCACCCAGCGCAGCACGGCAGCCUGCCAGGCGUUCUGCAGCAUCACGGACAACGGCCCGUGUGACGGCCAUGGGGUGUGUGUGCCGGCUGACCCUACCUCUGCAGCAGCAUCGCGGACAGCCUCCCCCUCCAACUUCACGUGCCUCUGCGAUGCCGGCUACUCCACUCUCAACUCAGGCAACGGCUCCACAUGCGCCAUUGUCAACUCCACCACCACCACUGAGAAGUGGGAGGGGUUGGAUGUGUGUGAGCAGUUCUCGCUGCAGCAGAUGCUUAAGGCCACCAACAACUGGUCGGACGACAAUGUGCUGGGCAAGGGAGGCUUCGGCAUUGUCUACAAAGGCCGCUCGUCACAUGGCCAGCUGUGGGCCAUCAAGCGCUCCACCAUCAUGACCAACGACUUUGAAACGGAGGUGCGAACCAUGGCGUCUCUCCACCACACACACCUCGUGCGCCUGCUGGGCUUCUGCCUGGACCAGAACGUGGAGACGGGCAAGCAGGAGCAGAUUCUGGUCUUUGGAAUCGUGCUUCUUGAGUUGCUGAGUGGAAAGCCGCCACGAGUCGACGCAAAAACGCAUAUAAGCAAAUGGGCAAUGAAGAGGGUGGAGGCGUAUGAUCUGGAGGAGCUGAGGGACAGCAAGAUGCCAGCGGUUAGUGAGGAGGCAAUAGUCGACUUUGCAGACCUGGCUUUGGACUGCAUCAAGUCUCCUGGCACACGGCGACCCACCAUGAAGGAUGUGGCAUGCCGCCUCAGCGCCCUCAUUGCCAAGCACUGUCCCGACAGGGAGGACGAGUGGGAGAGUGUUGCGAAGGAAGAGAGUGAAGGCAACGACGGUAUAUCUUCAAGGGAUGUUUCUGCUGCGUCGUUUGAGAGCAGUGGGAGGGAGGCUGAAAGGUCUCAUGGCUCACAUUCUAAUGUGAGCUCGUUCAUGCGUGUUGGCUCGAUAGCCAAGCCAAGUGAAAUCUACGAUGCUGCCACUGCGACCCUCACAGUCGAUCGAGGACUGCGCGUUCCAGUCUGGCUGGUGGGCACUCCCCGUUCCUUGCGCUAA